GUCUGAUACUCUCGCGGUCCGUAUCGCGUUUGACCUCUGUGCGAGCGUUGCACCAAAACCUGCGGAAUUGUGCUCAUUUCUGGAGGAAUAUUUUAACGUUCGAGCUGAUUUUUUGGAAAGAAAACGUGCUUCCGAGGAGUACUAAUCGACGACGGUGAUAUCAACGCGUUUCAUGAUUCCCUAGUCUACGAGUGUGGCGAAGUUUGGAAAGUGGAACACGGUAUGAUUCCUUUUUAGGUCGCAACGGAUCGUUCUGGAGUCGUCCGAAGUGAUUUGAAUUGUGCAAUUUGAGAUUUCAGUGAGUGCUUUCUACCCGACCCGUGUUUUCAAGGAGCCUAAACUGUUGUAAUUAUUGCUUUGAUGUCUUUCCUUUGUGUCGGUCGAGUUACUUAUGUGCUGCGCUCUAUGGAGAAUCCGUGUAUCUAGUUCCUUUACAAGAUCUUAUCUGUAGCUGUCUGUGAAAGUAGUGUGAUAGGCCUACAUAUUUUGUGAAUAUUCUGGAAAGUGUGUUAUUUAAUAGAAAACGAAGCUAUGGGAAUUUAAAAGUAUGCUUUCGUUGAUUAUGACAAUGCAUGAUAAUAUGUAUUCAAUGUCUUAAUAAGUUUUCACCAGUGUUUAGACAACUUAUCGAGCAAGUGAAGUGUGUAACGUUCCGCUUUUUGCACUUAUAAUGUGGUGUUAGGUUUAAUUCAAUGUUUUCUACAUUUUGAGUGAUAUUGGAUUUACUGCACACGUUGAUAGUGGAUAAUACGUUUCAGAUACUCUUGUGUUGGAUUAUACACUGACCGAGGAGAGGAGACCUGUAUGAUAUCAAAGAACGCCUGAAAGCAUUGUCAGACUACAACAAGAAUGCUCUUGAUAUCGCUGACCACAAGACCAUGGACCCAGGGUCCUGAGCGUCUCGACAUGCCCGGUCCUACGCGUUGACACCACCCUCUCAGAGCGCUCCCUGGCCCUCGAGAUGGACGUGUCUGUGAACCCCGUGCUGGAGAGUGUGCGACCGUUCUUCCAGGGUCUUCCCGCCAACAGCGGAGGCAGUGGCAACGGCAGCGGCGGCCCGGCGGCCUCACCCAGCCACCCCGGUGUCGCCACCCCCGUACAGCCACCGCCUCCCGCCGUGUCCUCGCCCUCUUAUUGGCCGCAACGCUCCAAGGCACCCCCUACGCCACCACAUUUUGCGCAGUCGGCCAAGUCGCCCGCCCUGGCAUCACCGCUCCAUCACGUCUUCAAUGGAACCAAGCUGCCGGAGGAGCCCCAGAGGCACCAUAACUUACCGCCCGUCGCCGCACUAUCACCCUCCAUAUACCAGCAUCCGAGGGCGGUCAGGGACCUCGCCUCCCAGGGCGCGUUGCUACACAGGCAACAACAACACAUGCCGCUGCCUUCCAUCAGCCAGAUAACACCUCACUCUUCAUCCCCCUCCGUUUCCCCACGGACCUCGCAAUCCCAGUUCCGUACCCCCGACUACCCCCAGUCGAACCACCAUAGCAUAUACAGCCCGAAUCCUUCCUCAAACCAAAGCCAUAGAAGUAGUUCGUCUAGUUCCUCUUAUCAGCCUCAUCUGCUCCCCUCCAAGUACCAGUCGUCUCCGGGCUCCCCGGCGGUGUCCACCCCUUCACCCCACGCGUACAGUUAUUCUCCCAGAACAUCGAUGUCCAUGGCCACGACGACAACUGCCUCAUCACCGGUCUAUCCUCAGACGACCUCGGCCACCUCUGUUUACGUAAGCUCUACGCACCACCACAGGCACCUCCAGCAGCCGCAGCAAACGCAACAGAACCGGCUACCUCAACACCCGAGUCAUCACUCGGUGUCGCCCGUCAUUCAGCAGCCCACUCAGCCGGAACUGCACGGUCACUUGAAGCUGCAUCAUCAACACCCGCCUCAGCACUACCCUCCGGUGAGCAGUCAGCAGCCCACACACGUCCAGCACUCGAGUGUCCAUCAGCCUCCGAGCCAUCCUCAGUACUCGAGUAGAAUACAACAAUCGUCGUCGCAUAGCCACAUGCAGCAGCAGUCACACAUCCAACACUCGUCUAGCAGUCAUCUACACACGUCCUCCCAUCCCCCGCAGUCUCAGCACUCGAGUCAACCGUCGCUGCAGUCACAUCAGCACCAGAUGCCGGCCAGUAUCGCGAGCUAUCAGCAGCACAAGUCGUCAUCGUCCACACCGUCGAGUCAGCAUCAGCAAGGCCACAACGUGCAGCCGAUGCUGCAUCAGCAGUCGUUGUCGAGUCAGCACCAUCAGACCCAUUCCACCCAACCACGCGGUGCACCUCAGCACGACCGAUCUCAGCCUCAACAUCACAGUCAGAGUCAGGCCUCGUCACAACAGCAGCAGCAACAACCUCGCGGUCAGCACCAUCAGCAGUCCAGCAGCCAGCACAUACUCGCUCAGCAGCAGCAGCACAACCAACAGCAGCUGUUGACUCAGCAACAUCAACAGUUGCAGCAACAAGCGGCCAUGUACAACCAGAGCAUCCAGCAGAACUCCAGUAGACAGAGUGACGCGGAGAAGCUAGCCGAGAUGCAGCAGGUACUGCGUAUGAAACAGCGGCAGCUGGCGGCGGUGCAAGCCCAACAACAGGCUUAUUACGCUGCAGCUUCAUCAAGCAAUUCAUCUCGGUCAACUUCACAGACGACCACAACAACUGUUGAAGCAAGCAAUCAUCAACGAACGACGACGACUCAAGCUCUUACUGGUGGGUUAAAGAGGGAAUCCCCCUUGGACCUAUCAGUGAAGACAGUUCGGCAGUCGGCUGACUCUACAGCGAAGGAUGACUCUGAGAGUGCUUACCUUGCAAGUUUCCAAAGUCACGAAGCAUUUCAACAACGAAUGAAGGCUCCUGCUAAAACAGCGAGUCCGAGGAACUCAGCGCUUCUUCCCCCUUUACAGUUGCCGUCCACUGUAGUCUACCCGCACUUCGAGAACCACUCCUCAAGUCAGACCGCCGGUAGUGGAGCACCUAAGGUGGAUUUUCUACCAAACUUCAAUGCUCACCACAGCCCAUCAGCUGGAAGCUCAGCAAAUUUCCAAGACCCAAACAAGCGGCAGAGGAAAAGCUCUACAUCUCAGCUGCCAAGUCCCUCUCAAUAUCCACCUCAUGUAGGUAGUCUGCCACACAUGGGCAGCUUCAAGAAGAGUAGUUUGCCAUCAGCAGCAUAUGAUGAUCCCAACAAACAGACUCAGUACUACCAAGCAACAGGUCCUCCUGUUAUUUCAAGAUCUUCGGCACUGAGCAAUCACUCACUAAAUAUGCAGCCAAACUUUGCUACAUCUCCUAGCAGCCAGUACUCCUAUGAUUCUUCAAAACGAGGAAGUUCAGCGAGAUACGAUUUUUUAGAAAGACGCGGUUCAUCAUCAUCAUUACAAUCUUCAUCUUCUGUUGAUUCAAAUUAUACACUUGGGAAAAGAUCGUCAUCCUCAGAGGUCAGACAUCCUUUACCACCAAAAAUUCCUCGAGUUGUGGACACUUGGAGGCAGACAAUAGAUCAACAAAUUGAACAACGACUCAAUUCGUAUGUCACAUCCAGAGGUCUUCAAAUGAAUGGUACAACCAAAGAAAGCUUGACUAGUGAUCCUAUGCUGCACCAACAGACUGCAUCAAUGUACUCGUCAGCAUCAACUAUUCAAGCAUCACAUGGUACAGCCCACAUGUCUAGUGAUAAUUCAAGUAGAUCAUCAUUAGUACCACCUCAGAGGUCCAAUUCUUCAUCGAAACUUAAUGUGUCAGGUCAGUACUACCCACAUAGCCAGCCUCAGUAUCCCGCUCAGACUGCUCCUCCUAGACAGGCACAAGAACCGUAUAACAACCUGGCACAAGUCAAGUUACCGAGUCUUCCAAGCAAUGGUGCUGCUGACAAGAGGGUCCUAAGUAUCCUGAGGAAGAGGCUAGAUACAAGAGAAGCAACCAACCAGCUAGUGCAGCAACAGUCACAGCCUCCCAUCCCUGCAAGAGAUGAUAGAUCUAAAAUGUACUCUUCUCUGGCACCUCGGUAUUACCCACAACCACUAGUGGUUCCGUCUCCUGUGAUAUCAUCUCAAAGUAAACCGCCUCCACAAACACAACUUGCAAGGCACAAUUUGCCUCCUUUCAAUGCCUUAAGUCUAGAGCGUAAUGCGGCGGCAAUGUCCUACCCGACACAGAAACUUCACAUACCGAAAGCGAUGGACUCUGUUGCUCCUGACCACUCCCAGGGCAGUAUUCCCUUGAGGAUAGACCCUGUACCUCCUAGAUCUGAAGCUACGGGUAAACCAGCUGCUGGAGACAAUGGAGGAGAUUUCGAUGGUCUGGCCGCAUUUUUGGCCGCUAGAAUACGUACUAAAGCGGAGUUAAAACAGGUGGGUCCCUCGGUGGAACAGCAGCGUACGCCCACCCCUGCCUCCGGCUCCAACAGCUCUGCUCAAUCACCUCGCACCACACCUGGGAUAUUCUCACCUCCGCCUUCCACUCAGCUGCAGCAUCCAGCUGUUCCUGGUGACUGUAGCAAAGGAACACCAACGUCGGAGAGUGAUCGUGCCAGCAGCAGUGGGAUGAGUGGCAGUAGUCCGCUUAAAUCCAGAGACAGAUAUGGGAUCAAUUCACCUCGAAGAAGGUUAUUCUGUCGGCCGGAGGAUGAGGUAGGAGAGGGAGUCAUUCAAGCAAGAGAGCGUGGACUGCGCAGUUCUUCCGAGACAUCAGUAUUUGACUUCCGGGAGAGUGACUCGGAUGGGGAGACGGGCUCGGAACGUCAGAGUCUAACAGAUAUGCGCAAGGACCGAGACCGUCGGCUACAGGAGAGACAACAGACCACAACAGUGCCCUCACCAGACCCAGUAGCCGAGGACUUUGUUGGUGAUUCUGAACCAAUUGAUGAUUCAUUUUGGAGUGGCAUGUGUGAUCAGUUUGUAACUCAGCUACAGAAAGGAGGCAAUAAAGUUAGAAAACGUGGCAGGCAGAAAAAAUGGGUCUACCCUUCACUUACUAAAUCGGAAUCUUUAGAGACAAUAGAACAACUUGAUGAGGUUAAAUCUGAAUCAUCUUCUGCUUUUGUAGAUCCUGAAGUGGGAACCAUUAAUGCGGAAAACGAUGUUACAGAAAAUAAUGAAGUUGGUGAAGAUGUCAAAGUAAUGCCUGAUGAGGCACAUGGAACAUUGCAUGUGUCUACAGAGAACUUGGUCUCACCUAAAGACAAUGUAUGUACGCUUGAACAAAUUUUGCACUCUCCAAAGGAAGAUUUUUCCAUUCCUAAAGUCAGUGUUAAGAAAGAAGAAGAAUCUUCUGAUGAAGAUGCACCUCUGUCUUUACGACAGACUGAGUUAAAAAAGGUAAAAGAAACCAAGUCAAAUGUUGAGUGCAGUGGUAAUGAAGAUAAAUCGCUUGUGAAUAUUCCUCCAGAAUUGAACACACUCAAUAUAAGUUUAGACAAUAUUAAACAAGAAGAUUUGAAGACUGAAGAUUUAAAUCAAGAAAACAAAGAAUCAUCUGAAAGUGAAGCUGAAUCAAGUGCCGAUGAUGAAAGUACAACAUCUGUUGCAAAACGACUACGAGUGAGAAAACCAAAGGAAGAAACUGAGAGUAAAAGAAAAACUAGAUCUAGUGAGAAAGAAAAUGCAAACACUUCUCAGAAAGGUGGACGAAAAAAGAAAGAGGAAAAGAAGAAAUCUCUUUAUGGCGAUGGAUCUGAAUUUAGACCUGGAUGGGAAGCAGAAGUUUAUAGGUAUAAAAGGUCUCUAAGAAUGCCUGCUAGGCUAAUCAAUAUUGCAGGCCCACAAAGCUGGCCCAGGCUUUCCGUGUCCUUGCCUGAUUUAGAUCCUGAUUCGCCCAUGACACUUGAUUCAGAUUUAUCUCUUCAAAAUAAAAAAUUUGAAAGUGAUGGGGAGUCAACACCAACAAAGACAAGACCUAAAGAUUCACCAAAGAAUAAAUUAUCCCAGAAAAAAGUAGAGGAAAAAGGUGAAGAAGACUCAUUUAUCAAUAGGUUAAUUCAACGGUAUGGUGGAAAAGGUAAAAAAUCAUUGAGGAAAGGACAGGAGAAAGAUAAUUCAAAGGAGAGAAAGGGUCCAAAAAUUAUCCCUCAAUCUACAGAAUUGCAAUUACUUCCCACACCGAGUUUGGAUUGUAUAGUUAAAUCUCCAGCAAAGAAACUGGAUCCAAAUAGUACACAAAUGAAACAAACGAAAGGAAAGAAAUCUAGCAAAGACAAACAAGAGAAAGAUAAGCCUAUUGGUUUUGAUAGUCAAGAAGCUGUGUACUUAGGUUAUUUUCGUAAGAAAACUGUGGCUGAUUUUAGGGAUGCAUUUGCUAAACACAACGGUGGAUUUGCGACAGAGCAUGAACUUCCUCCAAUAAUGCUAAAAUCUAGAACACGGACCCAGACUAGAAUUUUAACACAACGGGCAACAAUACGGGAAGUAUUUGGUGACGAUAGACCCGCCUCUGCUCCACCUGCAGGGUGUAGAGACGAAGAGAUUGAACAUAAUGAGAAACCAUUGAGUGAAGAGAAAAAGUCAAAGAAAUCAAGUGCAAAGAGUAAAGCAAUCCUCAGUAAACGGAAUAGUACAAGUGGGAUGUCUCCUGUGACUAGGUCAGGAUUGCGGAAUGCUGCUGUUCUGAGGAGCAACAAGGCCGUUCUCAAAUCCAAACAACACCUUCUCCAUGGAGGCGAAAGAAGAAAAAGAAGUAAAGACCUUAUCAAAGCCUUUACUUCUAAUAAGAAGUAUCAUCAGGAUCCGCCGGAGAAGCAGAGUUCAAUCAUGGAAGCUGUAGUGAAACUGGAACCUAUUGAAACUACAACCAAAGUUGUUGAAGAGGAGCCUGAGCCUGUCUUAGUGAGUAGUAAAAGACUGAAAUAUCGAAGUGUUAGAAGAAAAUUAAAGUCAUCUGGUUUCGAUUACAUCAGGAAAAAGAAGAAGCAACAAUUAAAGAAAGAAGGGGACACCGAAUCUGUGAAGGAAAGAAAGGAAAAGAAAAAGAUUGUUCCUCUGAAACUGAACCUGGAGUCAGAGGAGGACAUACAGAACGAGAUCAAGUGUUGGGUGAUCAACAAGGGCCUGGGAGAGACGGUACUUCAUCGGGCGGCAAGGCUAGGCUACACGGACAUUGCAGCCUACUGCCUGGAGAGGAUGGACCACAACCCCUCUCCCCGAGACAACGCGGGCUACACACCACUACACGAGGCCUGCUCCAAGGGGCGACUAGAUAUUGCACGGCUGCUUCUUCUCUAUGGAGCUGAUGUCAGCGACAGUGCUCAGGGUGGUAUCAGGCCCCUGCACGAGGCUGCGGAGAGUGGUUGUGUGGAGCUGAUCCGUUUGCUGCUGUCAUAUGGAGCUGACCCUCAGUUGGCAACAUACUCUGGCCUCACACCCCUUGCUCUCUCACACCACCACCCCGAGGCGAGAACCCUUCUACAGAACCACCUGGCUGAUGUUCAAGGCCAACCUUCCUCUCCGUGGCAGGUUCUCCAUGCAGAUCCUGUGACGCUGGGGAAUGACGUACUGGCUGAUCCCCCAUCUCCAGACCCCUGUGAGGGAGAAGUGGAGGUGGAAUCGGGAGAGUUGAGCCUGCCACAUCUCUAUCAGCUGUUGGGUGAGCCUCUCACGGACCGCUGGGUUCUCUUCCAAGAGCUAGGGCCAGUGUUGAAGGUCAAGACCAGGGAAGCACUCAUCAAACAGCUAGGGCAGAGCCAUCGGCACGACUUCCGUGACCUCAAAAUGACUGACUUUUACGAUAUGGCACGCUGCUGCAGCAUUCUUGGUGUGGGUGACUAUAUCCUCAAUCCCAAAGCCCACAAAGUGACUCUGGUAAAGUACUCGGACAGAGUGCGAGCACUGCUCAACUCGGAGAAACUAUUGGUGUCCGCGAGAUGACCUUAACUCUCGGUGAUCGACAACAAGCGCACACAUUGACAUUCGUUCGGUGAUACGUUAGUUAAUUAUAUUUUAAUAAGAAAUUAGUCUAUGAUUGUUAUUUGGUAAGAUAUUUUAUAUAGUUUACUCACACGACUGAUAGCUUACUACAUUUUUUAGUACGAAUAUUUUUGGUGCUUAUUCUAAGAACGGUACAAUAUGUCUGUACUGGGAGACACACAUUAAACUGAAUGGCUUUCACUGUUUCUAGAAGUAUUGAAAACAUUUGUGUUUUCAACUCUAUAUAUUUAGAGUGAGAAACGUAAGGUUAUUGAGAACCUUGUUUGUGAAAUUAAUUUAAAAUCUGAAUUCAUAGAAUCAUUAGUUCUGUUUUAAUAAAUAAAGUAAUGUAAUAAAGUUUGCGCUAAAGUAAUAGUAAUUCAGGAAUUACUCUGAUAUACUAAACUACAGUCAGACAUGAUAAAAUAACCAAACGUCAUAAUAAACUGGAGAAAUAUGUCUAUCCUACUCACUAAUGAAUAAUGUUCACUCCAUGAUAUAUAGUUUGCCAAAUAACAAGAUAUAUUAUUUCACAUUUAUUUAUACAUUUGCUAGCUCACAUGUAGUUAAAGAUUAAGACAAAUACUAAAAUUUUAUUCAUGGAAAGAUUACUAGACCUGAUAAGAUUAAAAGGUUAAUUUGUAACAUAUAAAAUCCUAUACAAUAGAGUUCCAGUUAUCUGGUGUGGGCAACAGGACCUGUAACUGGAAAAGUCGGAUUGUUUAUUUCUUUGGUCUGUGCAAUAUCGUAACAAUGGAAUAUUCUAUAAAAUAUGUCAUCCAGUGUGAAAACGUGUGCUAUCUUCUAAGGGCCACAGUUGCAGAAACAGUAAUUAUAAAGAAAAUACUUAUUAAUAUACUCAACAUUUUUUAUUACGUAAACUCAUUCAUCAGUAUUUAUAUUUAUUAAUGAAAAUGAUUGUUCAUUUUAGCAGAAUCAAAAGUAAAUGGUUUAGCAUCUACUCUUAACUGCACAGAGAUUGGCUAUUAGGUCACAAUAGUUUUGUUUCAGCUUUAUUAAUCAUAUAUCUAAUCUGGACUCUAUUAUACAAACAAAAUUUGUAAACUUUCAAUGAAAAUAUUUAAAAAAUUAGCAUAUUAUUUUAUUAAUAGAUAAAAGGAACGUGAUGUAUCAAUGCUUUAUGUGUUGUGUAAUGUUGUUUGACUAAUGCAACGUCUCAUUAAAAAAAUGCAUCUUUAUAAGCUACUCAAAAUAGCAAUGAAUUUUAUUAUUGAUGUUUGGAUUGGAGGUAUACAAUAUAACCUGUUUGGUAAAUAGAACCCAAAUUAAGUAUAGUUAUUAUUGAAAUAGUUUUAUCGAAUUAUUUUAAAGAAGUUCAUUGUUAAGAGUAUCACCCUUUUUGAAGCAUGGAAUGCCAAGGAUGAAAGCCACUAUUAUUACAAGAACCUUUCAGUAAUCACAGAGAAAAAUUGGUCUAGAUAAAAAUUACAUUUUUUCAUAACUAAAUGUUUUGUAUUUUUCAUUGAGUCUUCAGUUCUGGGAAUGAACCCUUAGUUAUGUGGGGAGUCUACAAUUUGGGGGUCAGCCAGUCCUCAGAUCUGGAGUGAUCCUGGACGAUUCUUCAACUAUCAUAACAUGUGAAUUAGGUGGCAUACAAUUUAUGAAAGCUCCUCAGUGAUAUUCUCCUACCAAAGAUUUUUCUCUAGACCAAUUCAUCUCUUUAAUUAUUGAAUGGUUCUUGUAGAUGAGAGAAAAAGAAAUUAUAGCUUUGGGUGAAUAUUAGCCUUGCAAAAGGCAAAAUUAAAGAAAACUCUGAGGUUAAUAAAUAUAAUUAAAAUAAUUUAUUACAUUUAAAAAAUGUUGUUAAAUAAAGUAAAGGUUAUAAUUGUUUAUAGCCAAAUUUUAAUAAGUUUUUCUAUUUAAUACUUCCAAUUGUCAGGUUGUCAUUACUACAUAGCAAGUGAGAUUGAUGAGGUACAUGAGAUUGACACAAAUACAACCUCAUGCAUCAUUGUAUUAGUAACUCAUGUAUUAAUAUCGUUUGACACUCAUACAUGAGGUUGGCAAAUGGCACAUGUCACAAUUGUAAUAAUUUUGCAUAUGGGUAGUUUGAUAAAUACACCUUAUAAAACCAAAAUUGUUCUUCCAUAAACAAAUAUAAAACAGUUGCAAAAUAUUUUAAGCUAUUUUAAAGUCACUAAUGUUUCCAUAAAAGACGUUAAAACAUAUUUUGAAAUAAGUUUUUACAAAGAGUUUGCUGCUUACUAUAUGUUUGGUGAUACUUUUUUAUAAAAUUCCUGAAAUUUUCAAUAAGAUUUAAAUAAAAAAAUCCUUACAUUGUUGUAUAAAUUUGUCAGUAAAAACACAAUUAUUACCAAGUGUAUUGUAAAUUUUAUGCAUUUCAUCCAAUACAAAAUAUUGGAAGAGAACUAAAAAAACACUAUAAAACAUACAUUUUAAAGUUUAAUAAACACUUAACUAUACAUAUUUUUAUGUCUUUUCUGUAUGUACAAAGUCCUUAUUUUUACAGUUUUACACUGUUCAAGAAUACUUUGGUAUAGUAAUGUAAUUAUAAUAACAAUAAUUGCAUUAAAAUUGCUGCCUUUUUAAAAUAAAAAACCUUUAGAUGCAGUUUAAAAUUUAAAAAAUAUUCUGAAGGUUGGUUAAACGUAAAUACUAUUGUUCAACACCCCUCAAGUAUUGUAUUUAAGUUCACAAACAUGGUUUGAUAGGACAGAAAUGUGAUGAACAUGUAAUUUUGACUCAGCUAUUCCUUUCUAGCCUUAAAGUUAAUGUGGUGCGAAUUGAGUGCAAUUUUCCUAAAUAGCCAAAUCAUAGAUUGUUAUUUAGUUUUAAUGUACAACGUAUAUAAAUAAGUACACAUUUAACUAUAAAUUUCCCACUGUACAUUGUAUAUAACAAAAGAACUAGCAGGUGACUGUAAAGUGAUGUAAAUAUGGCAUAUUACUUUUGUUGGUUGCGAGAUUUUGUAAAUAAAAAUUAUUUUGGUAGCUGCUUUUUAGACGGGACAUGAAAUUCUCAAUGUAAUCAAAUGAUCAUGACAUUAGUUUAAACACUGGCUAGAUUUUUAAUGUAAGGCUUCUCAGUGUACUGUGAUGUUUCAUGUAUUUUUAAUAUGGAUGUGAUGGUAACGUUGGCAGAACAAGGCUCAUUUCUGGCCUAUUGAACAUAUCUCCAGAAAUUAAGUAUACUUUGAAAUUGUAAGUAUUGUAAAUAUUUAAAUUUUUACGUUGUGUUAUAAUGAGAUUGUUUUACCUGUAGUAUUUUAUAUUCUAAUUGUCUGCUUUGUAUAUUUUGUACCAAGAAGUCACAUGCUACAAAUGUGAAUUUUUUGUUGGCAUCGGUGUAAUUUAAAAUAUUGAUGUUAAUAAAUUGAGUAUAAAAAGAUAUUAACAAUAAGAUAAUAAAACAUAUUUACUUUUUAACACAUUUAAUUAUUAGCGAUUACUUUACCACAAUGUCAUUCUUGCUCUUUUGUUUUGUGUAAAUUUUAAAUGGUUUACUUUUUGUUUUCCAUGUAAAUAUUGAUUUAUUUUGUAGCCUUUAAUUUCUGUUAUUACUAUAUGUUUACUUUUUGUUUUAAUAAAAAUAAAAAAAACUGUGAUGAAAUUUCAAUGUUAUCGAUGUUAAUAGUGUGCAAUUUAUAUUGUUUAUACGAUCAAUGUAAAUUUUAGAACAUGUGAGUAUUGAUAAUGUCUUUGAAAAAUUUGUGAUUGUAAAAAAAUAUAUAUAUAUAUAAAUUAUACUUUACAUUUCUUCCUGUU